AUGGAGGCUUUGGGACAAGUGCUUUCGUGCCCAGUGUGUUUAGAGUUAUUUACUCCCCCAGUGCUGGUCUUGCCUUGCACUCACAACUUCUGCAAGAAAUGCUUGGAAAAGAUCCUUAUUCGUCAAAAUUGUAGUCAUGUUAAUGGGCAGUUCUCCUGCCCUAUGUGCAGAAAAAUCAUACACUUGAGAGGAAGAGGAAUAAUUGGAUUGCCAAGAAAUAUUCUGGUGGAGAGUAUCCUGGAAAAAUUUAAGUAUGAACUUGAAAAUCUGCAUGCCAAAGAACAAAAUCAGUUGUCUCAAAUAUGUGAAGAACAUGGGGAAAGUAUGAAUUUGGUGUGUCUAACUGAUGAUAAACCGAUUUGUGCAAUCUGCAAACUCUUUGGAGACCAUGAGACCCACAAUGUAGCAAAAAUAUCCGAAGUUUAUGUAGAGAGGAAAAAGAGAUUCACCCAAGAUUUAGAUUGGAUGUUCCGACAAUCUGAACAUGCUGAACAAGCAAGGAAGGAAAUUGAAACCAAAAUCAAUGAACUUACAUAUACCAUUGCUGAUGUCAGGGUUAUGAUUGAAGCUGUUGGUGCUAGCUUACUGAAAGGGAUCAGAUGGAGAAUGGCUGAACUAAAAGCAAAAUUAGGCAAAGACUAUUCUACAAAAGUAGAAAAGCUGCAGCUAGCGGCAAGUGAGCUUCAAGUCCCUAGACACCUUUAUCACCAAAUGAAAACACUUUUGGAACAGCAUUCAAAUUCAGUGCAUUUUCUUCAAGAGGAUAAACUAUUCAGAAGCAAGGUAGAGAAACUUAUGGAUGGAAAUUCCUUACACCAAGAAACAAAAGAUUAUCAUAUUUCAGUUGGGCAAUAUUUUAAAGACUUGAUUAAAGGCAUCCAUAUUAACAAUUAUAUCUCCUCUAAUUCUGAUGAAAUACUUGCAAGUUCCAAUGAGCUCCCUGAAGUUUUCAGGCCAGAAUGCCCUGCAUUUUCUUUUUCUGGUGGAAUUCCUAAUGAACCUUUCUGCCAAAAAGUACUGGACUUUUUUCAGAAAUCAAAUGAAAUAAAGCAAGAUCCGAUUCAAAAAGUCUCCCAUAGUGAUGGCAAUAAUACACCAAGCAGGAUGGACAUCUCAGUGGAAGCAGACUCAGCAUCAAGGCAAGCCAUAGUAUAG